AUGCCCCGUACCCUGGGGAUUGACCAGCUCAAGACCAUUGAGUCCCUCCAGAAAAAGAGUUACAAUCACUUUGCUGCUAUUUAUUACCUGCUUGUGGAGAGGCUGAAAUCUCACCGGAGCAGCUUCCCGGUGGACCAGCGGCUCGACGCUCGGCAACGACGGCCAAGCAGCAUCGCCGAGCCGACUGUCGCCAAGGUCAGCACUGCAGGGACUCAGGUGAGCCUCCUGCCUCAGAGUUUCCGGCUCCUCCACUCCCCAAUCCUCCCACAGGCCCCCACCUUCCCACAAUCCUCGGGCCCUGCCGACAGCAGCUUCAUGGAGGACGAUGUUGUUGGCACACCCCAGGUGAACGGAUCCCUCCUGGAGCCCCUGCCCCCCCCAGUGGUCCGCAAGGGCUGCCCAGCGUCUCCUAGCAACAUGAUGGAGACCUCCAUCGACGAGGGGAUCGAGACGGAGGGGCCGGAGUGUGAGGAGGACCCCCUGCUGGUCUGCACUGCCUUCCAGAGCAGCCGCUAUGGGCAGCGCAGGCACACCCUGUCCGAGGUCAGCAACCAGCCCGGCAUGGCCCCCGGAGCCGGGAAGCUGUUUGCUAUGAGCACUGACCCCUCUCUGGGCAGCAUGGACUCGGAGUACGAAACGGACUCUGUCCACAGUGACCUCAGCUUACUGGAGGAGCCCCCCUGCCUAAGCAGAAUGACUCCUCCGUUCAUUGGAAUAAGACCCCCGAACCCAGCGAUGCAGGCCCUGAGCGCUCAGAAACGAGAGGCACACAAUCGCUCUCCUGUGAGCUUCCGCGAGGGCCGGAGAGCCUCCGACACGUCCCUGACACAAGGAAUCGUUGCAUUCCGGCAGCACCUCCAAAACCUGGCGCGGACCAAAGGGAUCCUGGAGCUCAAUAAGGUGCAGAUGCUGUACGAGCGAAUGGGCUCCAGUGAAGACCCUGCCCUCACGUCCACAGCACCCCACCUGCAAGACCUCCAGGACAGGCAGCAGCAGGGUGAACUUUCCCAGCAGCAGGAGAAUGUAGCAAUGUUCCAAAACCCAAUCCAUCCUCAGUUACUGUCCCGGAGGCAGAGCCUGGAGACCCAGUACCUAACACACAGACUGCAGGAAGCCAGUCUAUUAGCACAGGCACAGAACAGCUGUCAGAUGUACUGCAAAGAAAGCCCGCGAAGCCUGGAGCAGCAGCUUCAAGAACACAGGCUGCACCAGAAGCGGCUCUUCCUUCAGAAACAGUCCCAGCUGCAGGCCUACUUCAACCAGAUGCAGAUCGCAGAGGGUUCCUACGCACCUCCGGACCAGCCACCCCAGGCCCCAGUGCAGCUAGCCCAGCAGAGCCCUCAAAACCAGGCCCAGGCUCAGCAGGCCCCGGGCCAGUACCUCAGCCCAGUACUGGAGCCCCCAGCAGAGCAUCAGCUCCAGUAUGACCCCUACCUGGGCCAGUACCCAGUCCAGACACCCAGCUACCUGUACCACCUCCCCCCACAGCAGGAGGCUCUGAACUACAGCUACCAGCCCUGUGAGCUGGGUCCGCCCCCCUCCCCCUCCCCAGAGCACUAUCAGUACCCAGCACACCUGGGAGGAAACUCCCCCCUCGCCAUGCCCGAGCUGCACGGCUCGCUGUUUGACUGCGAAAUGAUGGAGACUGUAGACCCCCAGAACGGCUUUGUUCUCGUGAACUAAGCAAACACCACCACAUGAAAACGCUACAGUAUUACCUGCAGGAGGCACGGGGAAGAGGAGGAGGAGCGACGGGGAGAACAGGGUCAACCAAAAUGAGACGGGUACGAACGACGAACUGAGCGCCCUGAACCCCUUUGGACCACAGCGAGGGACUGGAGCGUUUAGCAAGAGUUUCAUCGCUGAAGGUACACCUCAAUUUAAGCACAACAACUUUAUAGAUAGGAAAAACAUUGCACACAGGCCUUGUUCAGCAUCGAGGAGCUGGGUUAACACAGGCGGCACUGCUGUGCAAUAUUAAAGCAAUACUUUCACGACUGUAGGAAGCCCAGCACAGUUGCUAGGGUGGUUAUUGUAGAUCCUCGGUCAUAGCCUGGAGAUCUAUUGAACCUUUACAACUGACCAUACGUGAAGUUUCAUCUUUCUAUUUGAUUGAUUAAAGGGGCUUGCAUUUUCUUGUGAUAUAUCAGAAAUGUGUAAAAGUAGAACUCUACAGUGAGGAUAAUAAAUUGAAGUGGAUUUGAAAGAAUAAAAAACCCUGUCAUUUUAAAAGAAAUACUUAAAUCGAAGCUCUGUAACCCGUUCAGGGACGCGAGAUCAGCUGUGGACAGGAAGUGAGCUUCCUGUCUGAGUGCAGCUCUGAAGUGAGCUUCCUGUCUGAGUGCAGCUCCUGUCUCUAGAGGUGCUGCAUAAUGUUUAGUGCUUGUUUAUCAACAAAACAAAAAACUGUAUUUUAAAACAAAACCAAUUCUAACAUUGCUGGUCGUCUAAUGAAGCUUUGUAUAAAUUAGGCUUUUAGAAAUUGUAUGGAAAUGUUCCUUUCAAGAAACACGUGUGUGUAAUAGUGCUGUGCCUUUCUUUAAUUUAAAAUGGAGGAUUUGUAUUUUUUGGUUUUUGUCUGGAUUAUUGGGUAAAGUCCUGUUUAUACAAAAAGGUACAAACCAAAGUCCUGUGAGUGUUUGUGCUGCUUUGCUGUUGUGUUCCACUGUGUGGAGUACAGUAUGGACUUUUCCAGUUAUUUCUUAAAGAGAAACCAGCUUCAAACCUCA